AUGGCUUUUGAGGCUGCCGGGAAGAAAGGGUCUACUCACCGACGUUCGAACAUCAACAGCACAAACUUCCAUAACCACGAUAAAACCAAGCACUUCACUGAACCCCAGACCACAAACGCCAAGUCAUCCAAGCCCAGACCAUCACUCCCACGGCACCCAAUCUUCCGCACCCAGCAAAAACAAGCAGAAACCAGCCCGCAACCCCGCAUACCACCGCCUAGCAAACUUCCCACCUCACAGCCAGGGGGCGCGCAGCAACAGAGCAGAUCCGGGGUCGAAUUCGUGGAGAAACACAGCCGACGUUGUUCCGCACGAGGCGUCCUCUUGGCCGCGACUUGGCGCUGCAGUGGAGAGCGAGCGAGGCUGGGCACUGCCAAGCUACGGGCGAGGGGACCGCGAUUGAUGGAAUGGAGAUGGUGGGAAUUGUUCCGUCGUGUGUGGGCGAGUUGUGGCUGA